GUCAUUUGUCUACAGGUCAAAGCAAAGACGACACAUUUGUUAGCGAAACUCUUGAGCUGCAGAAAAUUAUGACAAGUUUAAAGACAGCAAAUUAUAGACAAAAGCAUCAGAGUAAAGGCAGCAGAUGUUCCCUCCAACCAUCUGUCUCCUUCAGAUACUGUACUCCUAAGUAGUUUGUCUUCAUUUGUGUGCUACAUCAGCAGGCUAUUAGAAGAGAUUUGCCCUGCUUGCACACACACACGCAGUGAAUGGAUUUUCAUAUGAGACUGUCCACAUUAUGUCACAGGUCACCAACUGUAAAAAGGGACUUGAUCUUAUGCCUGCGGCUGCAAUUACUUUGCAAAUGCAGGAAUCUCAGGGAAGAGCCUGCUUCUGGAUUACAAUCUAAGCUUGUUGUAAUCUUUGCUUUUUACUAAUAUGUUCAAAGGAAGUCUGGACUAUAAUUUGCCAUUUGUAAUGGAUAAUGUUGCAGGCAGAGCUUUGUAGAAGGGGAGGAGCGAUGAGUUUGGAGUGGCAGCACAGAGGGGACAGUUUAGGAGUUCAAAUGAAGGAAAACAAACAGUGCCAUGGGUUUCUAUUGUCUCUGUGGGAGUGCAGAGGAUGGACCCUUUCAUCAAGGUGGCAGCACAUCAGAAGAGCCGGCAGAGGGAUGUACACACUUCUCACCCAAGGAGCCCCAAAUGCAACAAGAUUAUGAAGAUUUGAUAUAUCCGCUGGGAGGCGAAACACGGUGGCUACAUAUCAAAAGCCAGGAUUAGUUGCCUUUUCAUUUCAUCUCCUCUGGCCUUGCCUCGACCAUGAGGCUAGAGCGCGGGCGGCGGGCUUCUCUGGCGCUCACCCUCAACUUUGUGGCGUUUGCUUUUGCCUUAUCCGCGGUGACCACCAGCUACUGGUGCGAGGGGACCAGGAAGGUGGCCAAACCCUUCUGCACAGGCCCACCGGUGAACAAGAAGGAGUGGUACUGCAUCCGCUUCAACAGCACCAACCUCAACGACAGCCGCCAAGUGCAGUACAUCUUUGAGACGGGGGAGGAGAAGUUUCUGAUGAGGAAGUUCCACACGGGGAUAUUCUUCUCCUGCGAGGAGGCGGCCGACAUGAACGGGUUUGAAUGUCGAGAAUUCUCAGAUAUUGCACCUGAAAAUGAAAGAGGAGUGCUGUGGUUGUGUAUCGUGGCGGAGACCCUGUACCUCACCCUGCUCUUCGCCGGCGGGGCUCUGAUGACUCUGGAGCAGUGCCCCUGCUUUAGUGUCAUGAACAAACUGAAGCUCAGUGCCUUUGCUGCCAUGUGCACUGCCCUGUCAGGCCUUUGUGGGAUGGUGGCCCACAUGAUGUUUACUACCAUAUUCCAGCUGGCUGUUGCCACCGGGCCAGAAGAUUGGAGACCCAAAACAUGGGACUACAGCUGGUCUUAUUUAUUAGCAUGGGGCUCUUUCGGCACCUGCAUGGGGUCUGCAGUGACGGCACUGAACCGCUACACAAAGACGAUCAUCGAGUUUAAAUACAAACGGCGGAACAUCGAGAAGAGCCUGAUGAUAAAGCAGAACAUGAUGGAGAUGAACGUCCCCGAGCAGAUGUGGGACAUGUACCUGACUACUGUGCCGGUUGAUGCCGAGGCACCUCUAGAACUGCCGGUCAACGGCCACAAGCCGUCCACAGGAACAGCGUACGAGGUCGAAAUGGACAAUGUACCAGAACCACAAGGAGAGGCGUACUGUUAAAGAUGGAAACGUUUCUGGGGUUGAUUUCCUGGACCUACACCGACUCUUGUUCUUGGAUUUAAAUAUUUACUUCAGGACUUUUUUUGUAUAUUUUGUUCCUCUCCACACAUCAGAUGUGUCUGGUUCUUAAAAAAAGAUAAUGUGAGAAGCGGGGAAGGGAAAAGGUACAUUU